GCUCCCGAGCGCUGCUUCCCCGGCCAGCGGCGCGAUGGGCUGCGGGAACUCCACCGCCACCAGCGCGGGCGCCGGCCGAGGCCCUGCAGGAGCAGCUAAAGAUGUAACAGAAGAAUCUAUAACGGAAGAUGACAAGAGAAGAAACUAUGGAGGGGUAUAUGUAGGUCUACCAUCUGAAGCUGUCAAUAUGGUAUCCAAUCAAACAAAGACUGUACGAAAAAAUUAGAAGAAAAUAUCAUGACUCCGUAAUCAAGAGCUUGCUCAUUAAGAUUUGGAAGGAAUUGCACUCCAUGGGCCGUCGUGACGUGCACAGAAAUUUCUAAGGAAAUUCUAACUAGUCGCCCACUCCGCCUCCCCUCCCCACCCAAAUUCUCAAGUCUGUAGUUGAAACCCUGGGUACAUGUUGAAUGCUGUGGUACUAGAAAGGAAUCAGGUAAACAAUACAUGGGUAUAUGGAACUUUCUGGGAUCCUGCUGAGAAAGACAAGUGGACAAACCACUAGUGUCUGGAGCCAGCCUGCUGUAUCUGGCGGCAUUGUCUCCCUGGCCAUUCAACACAGCUCAUGAAAAUCAUGUCUUUUCACUGAUACUUUUUUGAUAGUUUUUAUAUAAUGAAAUCUGUAUUCUAUUUAUAACUUCAGCUAAGAAAGCACUAUAAAUGAACUCCCUAAAGUAAUAUAUUUGUGGGUUACCUUUCACUAUUUCUACGUUACAUUAAUUUUUAGCUGUAAAAUGGUUAAAUUGAUUCUUACUGUUCUCUGUUUCCCUUUUUUACUUUUUGGUUUUCAGCUUUCUGUAAGUGUCAGAGAAUGUCUUCCAUUAGGAACGAUGUAUGACCUUUCAAUGUUGAAAAAUAAGCUCCUGAAAUUUGCAUGCCCUACACACGUUUUGAUUAACUUUCCAUUUUCUUUGGUCGAAGGCUGAUGUCACCACAAAUCCCUUGCAGUCAUUGAUUCUCUCAUUCUCCUUUGUGGGAUCCCAGCAUCCCAUCAUGUUAAUCCUAUACUAUUUUCAAGGACUUGUGACUGAUGGUUAAGGGUAUUUGGAAAGCUCUUAAUUUGAGGAUGACCACGUGUAGCCAUUUAGUACUGCAAUGUAGAUUACUCAAUUUACCAAUAUAUUUCAACAAUUAAAACAUUUUUAUUC